AUGGCAUCUGCUACGCUGGUCGUGACUCUGGUUGCUUGGUGCUGUCUGGUCAGCGUUGCUCGUGCGGAUCUGGGCUACGCUCCUUCGGACUUAGCAAAUGAAGUCUCGCUGCAGGCCCUGUUCGAGCGAUGGUCCGUGAAGCACGGCAAGGUUUUCGGAGUUGCUGAGAAGGAGUCUCGCUUUCGCACCUUCGUCGAUAACCUGCACUUCGUUCACAACCUGAAUUCGCAGGGCAAGAAGUUUACUCUUGCUCUCAAUGAGUUCGCUCACCUGUCGCACGAGGAGUUCAAGUCAUCGCGCUUGGGCUUCCGGAGUUGCUGGGCGUUUUCCACUACUGGAGCUGUUGAGGGUAUCAACAAGAUCGUGACUGGCGAGCUAAUUUCGCUGUCAGAGCAGGAGCUGGUUGACUGCGACACGAAGAAGGAUCAGGGAUGUGGUGGUGGACUCAUGGACUUCGCGUUCGAAUUCAUCAUUAAGAACGGCGGUCUUGACACGGAGGAGGAUUAUCCUUACGACGCAACAGCGCACAAGUGCAACAAGGCCAAGAUGAACACCCACGUUGUCACAAUUGACGACUUCGAAGACGUUCCUUCCAACAGCGAGGCCGGCCUCAAGAAGGCGCUUGCGGUUCAGCCUGUUUCCGUCGCAAUUGAGGCGGAUCGUCGGGAAUUCCAGUUCUAUUCGAGUGGUAUUUUCGAUGGUGAGUGCGGCACAGAUCUGGACCAUGGCGUUCUGGCCGUCGGAUACGGCACAGAGAACGGAACUGAUUACUGGAUUGUGAAGAACUCGUGGGGUCCUCGCUGGGGUGACCACGGCUUCAUCAGGCUGGUCAGGAAUGUUGAAGCUGAGGAGGGACAGUGCGGUAUUGCCAUGCAGGCAUCCUAUCCGAUCAAGAAGGGGCCCAACCCACCUCCCGGCCCUCAGCCUCCUCCCACUCCUCCUCCCUCUCCUGAGGUGUGUGACCGCAAGCACGAGUGCCCUCACGGCACCACCUGCUGCUGCGGACUCCCCCUUGGAAAGAUUUGCCUGUCGUGGGGAUGCUGUCCCAUGGAGCAUGCCACCUGCUGCGACGACCACCACCACUGCUGCCCUCAGCAGUACCCCGUCUGCCGCACUGACAUUGGCAUCUGCACAAUGAGCCCCAACAUGGAGUUUGGAGUGCCGCUGCUCACUCGCUCCCAGGCCCACUUCCGCUGGCCAUUCCUGCGUGAUGUUCUGGGACGCAAGGUGGGACAGGAACAGGAGAAUGCCUCCUAG